AUGACGAUCGUUUUGAAAGGAAUUUGUGAAACGGUGUUGAAAGUACAGACAUCAUCUAACGAAGUUGCUCCUAGCGAUCCUAUAAGGCGAUUCGUGAGCCAAAGAAAUAUAAUUACUGAAAAAGGUGCCAGGGUGAAGUUGUUCUGCGUUUAUGGAGGAAACCCAUUUCCUAUCAUCACGUGGGAGAAAGAUGGCGUAAAAUUAGAAUCCAAGGAUAACAUUCAUAUAGUCGAAUCUAGAAGCAUUGUUAUAAUAAACGUAUUCAGGCAGAAAGACGUUGGAACAUACACUUGCAAAGUGCACAAAAAUCACACAAUAUAUGAGAAGAAUGAAUUUACUGUAAACAUUGGCAAGCCAUAUUUCAUCGAAACACCACAAGAAAAGAAUACUACCUUAAAUGGAUCUGCAGAAUUUUAUUGCAUUGCCGCAGAUGGAGAUUUCAGUUUUCGUUUAAGCUAUACUUGGAUUUUCAACGGCAAGCCCAUAGCUGAAUGGCCUUUCAAUGUAGACUACAAAAUAGACUAUCAGUAUGGAAAAUACACUCUUCGAAUUGAUGUAGUGAAAGAUAUUCAUAUUGGAAAUUACGGCUGUAACGCCUCAAAUAUUCACGGAUAUGUGUACAAAGAAGCAUACCUUUUUAUAAAACCUGCUGAGCGGGUUAGAAUCACGGAUGAAAGCAAAUCAACCCAAACUGCUGUUGUUAACCUUCAUGAGCCUUUCCAAUGGGCAUGCCCUGUGGAUGGCGUUCCUUCUCCUACAGUUACAUUCACGAAAGGAUAUGAAGAAAUAAUAAAUAAUGGUCAUUAUAGCAUUUCAGACGGUGGAAAAGUAUUGGAGAUUAGGUGAGUAGGUAU